AUGUGUUUCGUCGAACUGAUUACGACAGAUGGCCGCGGCCAGGGAGGCGGGCGCGGGACGUCGGCCCUUCGGAGAGAUCGACCUCCGAAAUGCGCCCGAGAUUGCAUUCUUUCGGCGGCGCGGGCGCAUUCCAUUGCACGCCAUCCGAUCGCCGCGCGCCCGCGCCAGUCGUUGCGCGCCCUUUUGGGGGUUAAGAUGUGUCCGCUGCGACGGGCGUACACUAUGUGGUCUCAACCGCCUCCCCCCGAGCCCGAGCUCGAAGCGACCUUCCGCGCGCGCGCCUCCACCGUCGGUAACUGCGUUAGAGGGUGCUCCCGACAGAUAGCUAGGAUGGUCCGUAGAACUCCCGAGUACGGGGUCAGAGUGGAUCCUACGUCGUCUCAUCCUCCCGGGCUUUGCGUUCGCGAUGAGCCUCAGUACCAGAACUUGGAGGAUAUGCGUAAGCGCCCUGAAUAUGCGAAUCUGGACGAGAUAAGCCGGGAGUUCGGGUACCGUUUGUGUCCUGAAGGCCAGAACUUGGAAGACGAGGCGAUUUAUGAGAACAUUUUAUCCGUGCGUCAGAUUCGUUCCGCGGAAGUGCGUUUAGUGCCAGUGUCUGAGGUGCCGUACUAUGAAGGACAAGGUUAUGUCGCGACCCAAGUGCUGAGUAGGAAUGGCACGUUUCCACAGUGUCCACCCCACACUUGGAGCCGGCUGCAGCACGCUGGCAGGAUGACAGGAUCUCUGCGUCUUUUUACUGCAAAACGUGAGAUGUACGAUGUGAAGAAACAAAGGCUGUGCCUGGCCCAGGACGAGUAUAAACAUUUGAACAACGCACUUUCGACCCUCGCCGCCUCUAGGACUAGUUUAUGUUCUUCAACGACCUCCGUGACGACCACAUCUACCACGUCAAGGCAUGACCCAGAACAGUUGAGGUGUGAAGUAACAGAGGCGAGGGGUAGGGUUGCCCAGCUUCGGAAGGAGUUGAGGCAAGCGAGAGCUGAAGUGGCCUGCGCUAGACGUGGUGUUGAUACUCUAGCCGAAGUCGAACAAAAGCUUAGCGCCCAGCAAGGUUGCUACAACAUAACUGAAGCCCAGGCGAUCAUGACCGAACUGAAGAACAUCCAAAAGUCUCUUACUUCCGGGGAGAAAGAGAGAGCAGACCUCAUGCAAUCACUAGCCAAAUUAAAAGAUGACCUCACGAGGUUACAAUUAGGAGAGGCCUCCCCAGACCUCUCCACCUUAACUCUUCCUCAAGAGAAACUGAGCACUGCCUCACAAACCGACCUAUGUGCGGACUUAGUACCUAUCGGUACAAGACUGGCUGAAAUGGCGCGGGUUCGCCUUCAAUACGACGAAGCCAGGAAACGGAUUCAGCAAAUCCAACAACAAUUAGCAGACUUAGAGGACAAAGUACAACCUGGUCAGGCGGAAUCGGACAAAGACCGCCUUCUCCUAUUCCAAGAGAAGGAACAGUUACUACGAGAGCUUCGAAGUAUUACACCAAGAACUCGAUCCAAGCAGGAGAUGAGUGACAUACAAACCGAAUGCAGGCGUUUGGAGCAAGACCUGAAAAAUGCUUUUGAAAUGUCGAAUAAAUGUAUAGCGGACAGGUUGAGGCUUCACGAAGAGAAGCAGCUCCUAUUACAGCAGUUGAAGGAUGCCUUGACAUCAAUGACGACCUUGGAGGGACAGUUGAAGACGUUAUCGGCUUCUACCCUAUCGGUGUCGAGUAGUUCCAGCUUGGGUUCCCUUUCCACAGCAAGUAGUAAGGGAUCUUUAAGUUCAGGAAUCAGUUUUACCGAUAUCUAUGGUGGGCCGCAGAUAGCAUCUUUCCAAACGGACAAACCAAUAGACAUGGUCGAUUUACAUCGGAGAGUUGAGAGACUACUCCGCGGUUCUAGUUACAACGACAGUGCGACUCCAGGUGCCAGUAGCUGUCAAUCACAGCCGUCACUUUCGCCUAGAAGCAGUCUUUCUUCUGCCAGCCCACCACCACCACCGCCUUCAUACACCCAGGUUGAAAGACAAAGAAGGCAACAGAGGGAGUUAGAAGAGAAGUUAGCGGAGAUGAGGAUAGGAGUCGCGACUGGUCUUAACGAAGUCACAGGAUUGGCUACCAGUAUUCCAGUACAAGUACAAGGCCCCGGACGGCCCGUGGAGCCACUAUCUCCAAUCUCUGAGACACCCCCGCCACUGUCACCCACCUGCUCGUCUAGUGGAACAAACACUAGAUCAGUAUCAGCAGCAGUGAGCGAUGAGUCGGUUGCGGGAGAUUCUGGAGUCUUCGAAGCAGCUCAGGCGGCCGAUUCUUCUAACAUAGUGAACAGUGCGCAAAUUGAAAUCAAAUUACGUUACUGUUCGGAUGAAACUGCGUUGGAGAUCGGAAUCCUUCGUGCGAGGAACCUUCAUGCUCUAUACAUAGACAACGGAACGGAAAUAUCUGUCCGUGGUGCCUUAGUGGUAGGCGGUGGUGGUGGUAUUGUAUUCAAUACACCAGCCUUAGCCUGGCGAGGGACAACUCUAGUAUGGAGGAACAACCAGCGUGCUUCGAUCGGGUCUAGGGCACUGAGAGCCGCUACUUUACAAAUUAAUUUAGCGGCCGACAGCGAAUGCCUGGGUUGUACACAAGUGAGCUUAGCAGACUUCGACCCAGAAACAACUUCGCAAAAGUGGUAUAACGUGUUGAGCUUCAGAAGUAUGAGAAGGGAUGAGAGCUCUGAUGAAUCUACCGUUAUUUCUUCGCAAACGUCUACCCUCACAAGGAAUAGAGGUCCUGAGAGUAUGACCGGAGCUGAGUGUAAUAUUGAAUGUGGAGAAGACUCCGCGUCUGAAGACGAAGAGUCAAGAGAACCACUAAAUCAGAUCGUAGAAGAAGACUCAUUCGAGGAUUACAUUCCGGAGGAAGAAAUAAAUCUAGAGGAGGAGUAUCUUCCUUCCACUGCAGAGAAGGAGACCAACACCGAGUGUAACUUCUGUCCAGAGGGCGCCAGACAACUUCAUAGGAGGAAAAGUCAACAAGUAAGCACAAAUCAAGAGGAGUCGCUCGCGACAAUCAAAAGAUCUCAAACUUUCUCACCGCAACCGCAAAGCAUUGGCAAAGGACAUUAUAUUUGUAGACUCAACCGUUCAGAAUCUGAUUCCUCGAUGUCUCAAUAUGCACGGAGGGCUCUUCACCCACCCACAGCACCUGGAAUACCUUUUGAUAGGACACUGAAAGAAAGACGGUCUCUCAGAUGGGGCCGCGUGCGCGGUGCCGCAGUUAGACACAGCUCCACGAAGCGCAGCGCGCGGACUUCGCUUGAUCUGUCUCUGGAUCUCAAGGCUCAUCACUCACGACUAACUGAUCUGCGACAGGAGAUCGCCCAUCUCACACUUCUGAAGAAACGGCUCGAAGAAGCUUGCGCCAAAGGUGACCCCACGAUAGCAGCGUGGGUUGCUGAAGACGAAACUCUUCGAAGGCUGAUCUCAGCACCAGAAAGCUCAAGCAAUGACCGAGUCUCCAAGUUGUUCCAGAGAACAUGCAAAGAGAUCUAUCGUCUAAGAAAAUCAAGGCAGGGUGGAAGGAAACCCGACCUCGUUACGUUCAAAGAAAAAAUGGCAUUCUUCACUCGCACCAAGUCAACGGUACCAACAAUGCCCGAUGAUGGAAAUUCGGAAGACGAUUGGGAACAAGAUUUGGAAGAACGAAGCACUCCAGAUGGUAGGUCUUCCAAAACGUCCUUCGAAAAGACCGCUCCAGCACAAGAACCCGUCGAAUGCAAGAAUCCUUGUAUGCCUGAAGCUAAUUUUGAUAACGAACUCAAAAUAAGUGAAGAAGAGGAGGUUAGGUAUGAUUUUGUAGUCGAUAGAGUUUUAGGAGUUCAAGUUUGA